GCGCGAGCGCCGGGCAGCGCGGCGGGCGCGCUCAGUCUGGCGGCGGCGGCCGUGCGCGAACGGACGUGCCCGGAUCGCUGCAGCCGCCCAGCCGCCCCGCCGCCCCGCCGCCCGCAGCCGCCCCGCCGCCCGCGCCGCGCCGCCCGCCAUGGUGUCAUGGAUCAUCUCCAGACUCGUGGUGCUUAUAUUUGGCACCCUUUACCCUGCAUAUUAUUCCUACAAGGCUGUGAAAUCGAAGGACAUUAAAGAAUAUGUCAAAUGGAUGAUGUACUGGAUUAUAUUUGCACUUUUCACCACAGCAGAGACCUUCACUGACAUCUUCCUUUGUUGGUUUCCAUUCUAUUAUGAACUAAAAAUAGCAUUUGUAGCCUGGUUGCUAUCUCCCUACACAAAAGGCUCCAGCCUCCUAUACAGGAAGUUUGUACACCCCACGCUGUCUUCAAAAGAAAAGGAAAUUGAUGAUUGCCUGGUCCAAGCAAAAGACCGAAGUUACGAUGCCCUUGUGCACUUUGGAAAGCGAGGCUUGAACGUGGCGGCCACAGCGGCGGUCAUGGCCGCCUCUAAGGUGGCUCGACUCUUUCAUUUUGUCUUCUCUUGGGACUUCAGCGAAGGGCAGGUAACCCCACUGAGAGGUGUGACUAACUCCAAACUGAUCCGGUGGGGUAGAGAGGCCGGCAGCCCCCACAGCCCUCCAGCGCAUGGUCCGGAUCAGAGCCAGGGACAGGGUGCCUUAUCAGAGAGACUCCGGAGCUUCAGCAUGCAGGACCUCACCACCAUCAGGGGAGACGGUGCCCCUGUGCCCUCAGGCCCCCCACCACCGGGGUCUGGGCGGGCCAGCGGUAAGCACGGCCAGCCUAAGAUGUCCCGGAGUGCUUCUGAAAGCGCUGGCAGCUCAGUGUGUACCUGCUGCUCUACCUGCAGGACCAGGAAAGUGGUUGAGGGAGAUGUGAAUGAGGGUGGUGUGAAGGCAUGGGAGCCCCACAAGGUCCAAAACCCAUUGGCCUUUUCUGAUGAUGAGGAGGAAGACCUGCUGGAUUUCAUGUACAAGUAUAAGGCACCUCGAAAGACGGAGUUCCCCCUGGAGGCACCGCCUAGAACCCUUCGAUCUCGCUUCAGGAAGAAAAGUACCUCAUCCUCAGCCACUGAAACCACGUGAGAUGAGCCAACAGCACCGGAUACACAGAAUGUUUCUUCUCUGCCUUAAAGAGCUAUUAUUCACUAAAAACAUAGACAUCUGCAAGCUGGUGUGCUUAGAGUGUGCAGCCUCACGGUCAUGGCCUUUUCUCUCUCCCUGCUCUUCCACUUUUAGGAUAUUGUUUUUUCCUUUUCUUUAUUUUGCUGGGGAGAGGCUAAAGGGAAGGUAGUGUUUGUUUUGGGGGGGCGGGUGUGAUCCUUCAGUCCUUUGAGAUUAGUAAAUUUCCACAAUUGGAUUGUCAUUAGAUAGCAGUGUGUUUUUAGAAUAUGAGAAUCACUCCCUCACUGCUGAGAUGUACAUUUGUAAUUUGUUGCAUACUUCAUUUUUAGUCCUGUAAAUGCAAACAAAGCAAUUUUUUAAAACUUUUUUUUUUGUUCUUGGUACUAAUACUUUGGACUACAGUGUACAUAUUUAUGGCUUUUGGCUUCAUAUAAUGGACUUGCAAGGGCUGCCAGAGGAUCUGAUAAUGUAACAAAACUGCAAAAACAGAAGUGUAAAAAAUGUUUUUGACUCUAGAGAAUGUCUUAGGUUGUGCUUAGGAAGCUUCCAAAUAUAACUCCAGUACAAUGUUCCUUUCCCUGCAGGACAGUGGUCCAUAUUCUUCAGAUAGUUGUUUAGUCAGUAUAUCAGAGAGGUUCAGAAUGAAGAGAGAAAAUAUUUUAGUGACAGAGAUUGGUGUAAUGAGGUGAGGGACACAGUCUAGAGUAAGAGAAGAGCCACAGGAAGCCUGUCUUCUCCCUGGGUUCAGGUUGAGGAACUUCUGAAUCCUCUCGGGGGUUCGCCACUUGCCUUGGGCAGGUGGCGAACCCUCAGUAAAACUUCUUGGGGAUGUGGACUCACAGAGCUGUUAUAAGGAAUCAUUUAAAUGUUUCAAAAGUUCUUGAUGGAUGACACUUUCUUCUUCAUAGUAACCUGUGCUGUGUGACUAAUUUCCCCAGGCAGAGGAGCUUACAGUCUGAGCACCUUUCUCUAGAGAACACUAAGCAAAAACCAGCCAACCAACCAAACCAAGUACAAAACCUAUAGAACUAUACUUUGUUUCAGAUAUGCUGUAAAAUUCAUCUGAGACACCUCUGUAACAUCAACAUGCUGGGUUUAGAGUUUGAGAUCUUUAUGGGUAUGACUUGCUGCUCAGCUGUAGGGGCAGCUGUGGCUCACACCCUUCUGUUCCCUUUCUGGCUCAUGCAGAAUGUGAACAGGAGGGAAGUCGCAUGCUUGUGAACACUCCAGGUCUUAAUGGGCAUUUCAUAUAAGCCCAGAUCACUUAGUAGGAGAAUAAAGCACUGUCUGCCUAGAUUGUGAAUUUGUUAGAAAAGAGAAAUCUAGACUAAAUAGCAUUUUGGACCGAGGUAGCUGCUCUUUCCUUGGAGCGCUGAGCCUAAAUGUAGGACUGUAUAUUUGUGCUUAGAGUUGGGUGUUUUCUUUCAAUGUAAUGCAUGCAGUGGUUACAGCCCAGUUAUUUAUAAAACUUGGAUUGUGUUUGUUCAUAGAUAUGCCCUGAAGAUUAGAGAAUUAGUGUCAUGUACCACACAGACCUUACUGUCAACCAGCUGUAAACAGGCCCAGUUAAAGACUGUUCCAUUCAUUUCUGAGCUAUGCGAUUGUACAUCAGUGGCCUUUGCAGAUGGCACAUUGGCUGGAUCUUGGCCACCUCAGAAAGGGUUCUACUUGAAGUUGAUUGUUACCAGAUAUGCAUAUUUUAAUCCUUUCUUCCCAUAACUACUCUGAAGGUGACUUUGUGAUUUACAAAAGGAUUUAGGAUAAUAAACCUAAAAGCAAAUUUGUGAUUCAGAGGACAAAUAGAAGCUAUCUGUUCACUGUCUGCUUCUCACACCCAGUAAUACCUAAACCUGUUUCGGGAAGACAAAAAUCUGUUUUCUUUAAGCUAAUUGAAUAGUUU